CGGAGCUGGUGGCGAGUGAGCGCGCGAGCGGGUGGUGGCUCUUUCUAGAGGGCACGUGACAGGAGCCAGUGGGGCUGCUUGUAGUGCUGAGGCGGGUGGGGUGAGUGGAGAGUCUAGACUGGUAGAAGAGAUUGUGUGAGCAGAAGAAUUUACUGGAAUUGUGGAGUUAAAAUAGACCAUGAGACUAAAUUGGUUGCUGUGUGCAGCACUGCUGUUAGUUGGAACCUCUGCUGUCAAGGCACAUGAAAAUGAAUUUGACCAUGGUGAUGAUGAUGUAAUAGAUAUUGAAGAUGACCUUGAUGAUGGUGGUGAGGAGGUAGAGGAGCUGAAGCAUGAACCCAGUACUCCUCCUCCACCCCCAAAGGUAACUUAUAAGGCCCCAGUCCCAACAGGAGAAGUUUAUUUUGCUGAGAACUUUGAUAAAGGAACUUUGGGAGGAUGGGUCCUUUCCAAAGCUAAGAAAGAGGAUACGGAUGAUGAAAUUGCCAAAUAUGAUGGCAAAUGGGAAGUACAGGAGAUGAAGGAAACAAAACUUCCAGGAGACAAAGGGCUUGUGCUGUUGUCCCGGGCUAAACAUCAUGCAAUCUCUGCCAAACUUACCAAACCCUUUGUUUUUGAUACCAACCCCCUUAUUGUGCAGUAUGAAGUCAAUUUCCAAAAUGGGAUUGAAUGUGGUGGUGCGUAUGUGAAGCUGCUCUCGAAAACCUCUGAACUAAACCUGGAUCAGUUCCAUGACAAAACUCCCUAUACAAUUAUGUUUGGCCCUGACAAAUGUGGAGAAGACUACAAAUUACACUUCAUCUUCCGGCACAAGAGCCCCAAGACUGGCAAAUAUGAGGAGAAGCAUGCAAAACGUCCUGAUGCAGAUCUGAAGAAUUACUUCUCAGAUAAAAAGACUCAUCUUUAUACACUGAUUUUGAACCCAGACAACAGUUUUGAAAUCCUCAUUGAUCAAAGUGUUGUAAAUAGUGGGAAUCUGCUAUCUGAUAUGACCCCUCCUGUGAAUCCUCCACAAGAGAUAGAGGACCCAAAUGAUCAGAAGCCAGAAGACUGGGAUGAGAGAGCAAAGAUUCCAGAUCCAGAUGCUGUUAAACCAGAUGAUUGGGAUGAGGAUGCUCCUGCUAAGAUUCCUGAUGAGGAUGCUGUGAAACCGGAAGGCUGGUUAGAUGAUGAGCCAGAAUACGUUGCUGAUCCUGAUGCAGAGAAACCAGAGGAUUGGGAUGAAGAUAUGGAUGGAGAGUGGGAGGCACCUCAGAUUGCAAAUCCCAAAUGUGAGUCAGCCACUGGCUGUGGUGUCUGGCAGCGGCCCAUGAUUGACAAUCCCAACUACAAAGGCAAAUGGAAGCCUUCUAUGAUUGAUAAUCCUAACUACCAGGGCAUCUGGAAACCAAGGAAGAUUCCAAACCCGGAUUUCUUUGAAGAUUUGGAGCCUUUCAAAAUGACUCCUUUUAGUGCUCUAGGGCUUGAGCUAUGGUCAAUGACUUCUGACAUAUUCUUUGAUAACUUCAUCAUCUGCAAAGACCGGGCAGUGGCUGAUGACUGGGGUAAUAAUGGAUGGGGACUGAAGAAGACAGCUGAUGGUGCUGCUGAGCCUGGUGUUGUGGCACAAAUGAUAGCAGCUGCUGAAGAGCGUCCUUGGCUUUGGAUAGUCUACAUCCUAACUGUGGCUCUGCCAGUGUUUCUUGUCAUCCUCUUUUGCUGCUCUGGAAAGAAACAACCAAGUGCUGCGGAAUACAAAAAGACUGAUGCCCCUCAGCCGGAUGUAAAUGAGGUAGAAAAGGUAGAAGAGAAAGACAAGGAAGAAGCAGAGGAGGAGGAGGAGGAAAUAAACGAAGAAAAGCCAGAAGUGAAGCAGAGGAGUGAUGGUGAAGCAGAAACUGCAAGUCAGGAGGAGGAGGAAGAAGAGGAGGAGGAGGGGGAGGAAGAAGCAGCAAGAAAACCCACUGUAGAGGAAGAAGAAACUGCAAAUAUAUCCCCCAGAAACAGAAAACCAAGAAGAGAUUGAAAUACCCUAAGAACUUGAUCGGGUUAAUUUUCCCCAACAUGGUUUUGGGAGAGGACCUUGGAUACCUUUUGCUGAAACUCAGAAAAACCUCAAGACUUCACCAUCCACAGGUUCCUGUCAAAUGCUCUUCAAUGUAAAUGAGUGUUUAGCAGUAAAAUAUUCGCAAUUGUGUUUUUAAAUAGAGUAUUCCUGUAGAAAGAGUGCAUUUAAUACAACCCAGCUAUGGAUUUCUGGAAUGUUACAUGAACUAACGUUUUUCUUUUGUUAAAAUUUUGUUUUAAAUAGAAUGGUAGGUUUGCCAGUCUCAAACUUAGCUUAAAUUAAUGUAUUAACCUAUUGAUGAAAAUGAACAGCAAACCAUAAAAAUGCUACCUGAUGUGCAGCUUUUAUAAUUUUUUUUACAGAUAUGGACAUUCUUACACAAUAUUCCUCUUAAUUUGAUCAUGUUAAAGUUAUCAGUGCAAUGCAUUAACUUUUCCAUUUCAGUCAAAUAUAGAAUGGACAAUUAAAAUCCAUUAGAAGAAACAAUAUCAAGCGUUCAAAUAAUUUUUCCUCCUUUUUCAUUGGGGGAAAAAAGUAUAGUGAGGCCAUGAACUAUCCCUGUUGGUCAUGGGAACUAUCUACUUGAUACAGUAUUUUAGUUGUCCUGAGUUUGGAAGCAGGUUUUGAUUUAAGGUACUAAGACUGAGACUGGAUGUCCUGUUGCUUUAACGCUUAAAUUCUUCUCAAUAUGGCAUUUGUUUUCAUUGUGUUUGGAUUUUCUGUUAUUGUUUUUCCCUUGGUUUGAAAAUUCCUUCCUCUGGUUACUGCUUCUGCUAUUCUUCAGGUCUUGCAGAAUGCAGCUUGGCUGCUACGGAAUACUUAUGUUCAGCUCAUUGUUAAAUCUGUUCAAUUUUUUAAAUAUGAAAAGGUAGAACUGUUUCUUGGGUCCAAAUGCUGUGGACAGGACAGUGUUGCUAACUUUCUCAAUGUUGCCAUUGUAUGUAUGCUAAUGACAGAGACAAGAAGAGCAAAGGAUAGGCAAGAUGGUCUAAAGCAGAUGUCAGUAUUCGCGGCUAGAAGAGGAGCAUGUAAAACAAAUUGUUGGAUAUAUGUAACAGUUUGAGUCCCCAUUUGCUCUUCCUGUAUCAAACUAUAUUGUGGGGUUCCAAUUCCAGCUGAAUAAAUUUUUUUUAAAAUAUGUGUUUCAUUGAGUAUCUAGCAGUUCAAAGCCCUUUUUUGUGUAGAGCGCAGACAACUAUCAGAGCGUAUACCUCUAAGAGGAUAGAACUGUUAAUUCCCUCAGUGUAUUAGAACAUGGGAGGAAUGAGUAAGAUUAAAUGCCUUGAAUGCUAUUUAUUGUCCUCUGUUUAAGCAUAUAUGGGCAAAAUUGUGUUUUGUGCACUGAAUACAGGUUUUUACUCACUCCAGGUUUUUACUAUGGAUAUUUUUUUUCCAAAGUGGUCAGACUAGUUCAGAAAACAUUUUUAAUGGCUACCUGGUGACAUACAGCUUUUGCUGUGUAUAAGGUACGAUUAUCUUGUUCAAAUUCACAAUCAUAAAUACACUACAGACUUUCUUGACAUGGUCAGUGUGUAGAUUUUUUCAAGCAAGCUAAAAGUGGCGGCUUGUGGACCUUUUAGAAAAAGCUUUGCACAGCUUGUUAAACUUUACUAAUACCUGAUAUUUCCACAAUGUCACUGCUGCCUUACUGGGAGCUAUAGAGCUAAAAGGCAUGGCUUUCUUAAUUAGCUCCUUUUAGUCACUGACUUAAAAUAUUGUUAGACAACAGGUUACUUACAAAUCAAACUGCUAUCCAUAUCUGUCUCUUGUCUUAUUUGAACCAAUGGUUGACAUGCAGUGAUCAUUUUCAGAGGGUACUGUUUUAUCAUGUUUGAGUUAAUACUGUCUUGUGCACAUUACUUCAGUGUCCUCUUUUUUCCUUCUAUGAAGUGUGUAUUCUUUUUUUUCCAGCACACUGUGAGAAAUGAAAAUUUCAUUUUCAAACAAAGCUCUUGAGAUGAUACUUAAUUUAAAACUAAACAUUUUUCCUGGCUUCUAAGUAACCUCUUAAGAAGCCUUUCCUGUUUGCAUGUUCUGGCUCUUCUGAUGUCUGUGAAAUUUGAAAAAGCACUACAACAUUUUGCAAUCUAUUGCUUGAAAUGUGCUGCUUUAAAAACUUUUAGCCCAGUGUUUAACUGUGAACCCAUAUUAAGUAAUGUGCCACACUGAGACAGGACUGUUGCAUCAGCCAAUUCAGAAUGAAGUAAGAGUUCACAUAGAUUGUAGUUUACAAAUAACAGACUCUGAUUCUGUCUGAACUGUGAAUGGUUUUUUUAAAAAGUACUUCUGUAUGAAAUCUGUUCAAAAUCUUUGAAGAAGCAACUAUCUAAUAGUGAAUCAGAGUCCCAAGUUUUUAAAAGAUGUUCCCUUUCACAGAACAUGACUUGCAGAUUGCACUGAAUGGGAUGCAAUAGAUUAUUCUUUGGUCUGGAAAAAUAGUAAACACAUUAUAGAAAUUUCAAACCAAUUUGUGUUACUAUGUUGGAUGAAAAGUAGAUGCUAUUUAACAAGGUAAUGCUCCUUCAGUGAAUGUGGCAUGCCUUUGAAUAUUUUACGUGCUAUCUUACAUAAAUUUAAAAUGUGGAUGGUACAACAUCCUUCCUGAGUAUCAUAUUUUGGAUGUUACGGAUGACAGAAGUCUCAUACAAUCAGUCAUUAAUGGGGAAAGGUAUCCUGGUUCUUCCAAUGCUUUGCUUUACUUAAUCUAUGGCAGUAAAUAUGGUGCUAAUAACUAACUUCUUUGCACCCUUCUGCCUUCCCACUAUAGUUUACUAAGUGCCAGUACUGCAUCCAUAGAAGUUUCUGAUACAACCCCUCAAGUGUUAGUGAACGAGACUGUGACUUCUCAAAGUCCUGACUGUUAAAAAAAAAACACCUUAAUAUUCAGUAUGCAUAUAUAAUAUAUUGGUUAAGUUAUAAAGAAAUGUAAGCUUACUCCGAUUAAUAAAGAAAUUUAAAAUUA